AUGGGGACGCCGGGCGCUGGGCGCAAGCGGCUGCCGAACCGGGAGCGCCUGACGGCGGAGGACGAUGCGCUCAACCAGAUCGCCCGCGAGGCUGAAGCGAGACUCGCGGCCAAGCGAGCGGCGCGGGCGGAGGCGCGGGAGAUCCGGAUGAAAGAGCUGGAGAGGCAGCAGAAGGAGGAAGACAGUGAGCGUUAUUCCCGUAGAGCCCGAAGAAAUGCCUCGGCUUCGGAUGAAGAUGAGCGCAUGUCAGUGGGUAGCCGUGGAAGCCUGAGGUCUCAUUUGGAAUAUGCCAGCAACUACCCAGUGGCUGGAUUAGAGAGUGAGAGGACCAAAAAGAAGAACUACUCCAAAGCAGUAUGUAUUUUUAUCUGUCUCAGAGAGGGUUCUGCCUACAAAACCCACUGUGGCAGGACAAGGAGUGUGUGCCAGUGUGAGAGCUGCCACCCAAUGUCAAGGAUACACCAGAACUGUAACGAGCAUCAGUUCAUCUCCAAAAUGUGGGAUCGAUGCCUUGGGGUUUUAGUUUUUAUAUUUUUCAGAAUCUCUGCUGCUACCAAUGGUUAUGAGGAAGACGUGUAUGGAUCAUCUCAGAGCAGAAAAUCUAGCAGGCCCUCCCUGCUGUACAGCGAUGCCCUGCCAGCCAGGAGUUACAGGGCGUCUGUGUACGAGGAGAGCGUGUACAGCGGGAGCCGGCGCUAUAGUGCCCCUAGUUCCCGUGCUCCUUCUGAGUACAGCUGCUACCUUGGUUCGGGAUCUCGGGCAUCCUCCAGAGCCAGCUCUGCUCGGGCCAGUCCAGUGAUUGAGGAAAGGCCAGAAAAAGACUUUGAGAAGGGAGCAAGAACUGUGUCAAGUUUAUCAGCAGCUACCUUGGCUUCUCUGGGCGGGACUUCUUCACGGAGAGGCAGUGGGGACACGUCCAUCUCAGCUGACACAGAGGCAUCCAUCAGGGAAAUCAAGGACAUCUAUGAGUUAAAGGACCAGAUUCAGGAUGUAGAAGGCAAAUACAUGCAGGGCCUGAAAGAACUGAAGGACUCUCUAGCUGAAGUUGAGGAGAAAUACAAGAAGGCUAUGGUGUCAAAUGCUCAGCUGGACAAUGAGAAAACCAAUUUCAUGUACCAAGUGGACACCUUGAAGGAUGCACUCUUAGAGUUGGAGGAGCAGCUGGCAGAAUCCAGGAGACAAUAUGAAGAGAAAAGUAAAGAAUUUGAGAGGGAGAAGCAUGCUCAUAGCAUAUUGCAGUUUCAGUUCAUGGAAAUCAAAGAGGCUUUGAAGCAGAGAGAAGAAAUGCUUGCAGAAAUCCAGCAGCUGCAACAGAAACAGCAGAGCUAUGUCAGGGAAAUUUCCGAUCUUCAGGAGACAAUAGAGUGGAAAGACAAAAAAAUAGGGGCACUAGAGAGGCAGAAAGAUUUCUUUGAUUCCAUAAGGAGUGAGCGGGAUGUCCUUAGAGAAGAAGUGGUUGUGCUGAAGGAGCAACUGAAGAAACAUGGCAUAAUCCCAGACGCUGACAUAGCCACCAACGGGGAUACAUCAGACAUUCUGGAUAACGAAGGACACUUGGAUUCUUCCCGAACAGGCACCACUCAGGCAUUAAAGACAGGAGGGGAGGGGAUGCUAGACAGGCUGAAAAAGCUCAUUGAUGAACGGGAGUCCUUGCUAGACCAGAUUAAAAAAUUAAAGGGACAACUAGAAGAAAAACAAAGGAAUGGCAAGAUGGAAAAUACACAGUCUGAUGAUGAAGUUCUGGAAAACGGGACAGAUAUGCACAUGAUUGACCUCCAAAGAGAUGCCAACAGACAGAUCAGUGAUCUCAAAUUUAAACUAGCAAAGUCUGAGCAAGAGAUAACAGCAUUGGAGCAGAAUGUAAUACGACUGGAAGGCCAGGUAGCCCGAUACAAAACUGCUGCUGAAAAUGCUGAGCGAGUAGAGGAUGAACUGAAGGCAGAGAAACGCAAACUGCAGAGAGAGCUUCGUUCAGCGCUGGAUAAAACCGAGGAGCUGGAGGUCAGCAAUGGCCACCUGGUGAAGCGGCUGGAGAAGAUGAAGGCCAACCGGAGCGCUCUGCUGUCCCAGCAAUAGCCCCCCCUCCCACGGGAAGCACCGCUGCUCACAACCGGAACGACGCCGCAGCCGCUUCUGUGUCCUUCUGUGCCAGGACGCUUCGUGUCAUUGCCUUGUGAGACCAGGCCACCCCAACACCUGCUCCGUGCCUCCAGCCGGGCUCUCCCCGCGCAGAUCCUGCUGCACUCCAUCCAUAGGAGGAGCUGAUCCAAGCGGCUGUGCCCUUCCACGCCGAGCUCUGCGGACAUUCGAAGUACAGCACCUAAGAAGCACAUGGGAUUCUCCAUCCAGAGGGCACGGCAGCCAUUUGUUGCCAUUUAAAAUGGCACGCAAAGAAAAACACUUGGACUGGAAUUUUGUGUCUUGCUGAAAAUUUUAAAACAAACACUGUAAGUUUAGGACUUUUCUCAUGACAGUAUCUGUAAUUUAGUGACUACGGUAGAGUUAUUCAUAGUAGGUUUUUCAUUUACAAAUCACUGUGGAACCACAAGCCAUUACAAAGCAAAACUCCUUCAGUGGAAACCAUGGAAGAAGAUGGUCUUGGAAGCAAAAGUGACCUUAAAUGACUUUGCCAAUAAAACAAAUGUGUUUGGAGGGAUUUUUGCACCAGUAGAAUCGUGAGACUCUUUUAUUUCAGGGUAAAUAGGCAAUAGCUUCAUUGAAUUUUCAAUUUUUAUUUGUAUUAUUUAAUCCCUGCUCUUGGAGUUCAAGUAAAUGACUUUUAAAGGAUGUAAGGUUGCAUUAAUAAACCAGCAUAAGGCCGUAGGCCGCGUUUUCAGAAAUGGUGGGGUUUGCACUUAGGUCACUCUCUGUGGUGCAUUUAUCAAAGCAAGUGUCAUUUGCUUAAACAAAAUAUGUAAUGGGUUUUUUACAUCAGAAACUAUCUACCGGUCCAUGACCUACUAGGAAACGACGCCGCUAUAAAAUACAAGUCUGAUUUUUAAAAGAAUAACUGCUAAGUAAAGAAGCACUUUAGAAAAAAUAUUACUGCCUAUGGGUUUUCUACAGCUACGGAAGUAGCGAGUUAUUUCCUUCUGAGAUCCCUGCAAAGGUUUUCCACUUCUCGCGCAGGGCAGCGUGACCCACUGAGAUGUUGCAGGUGAUUCUCGUGUGUGUAAAAAUGGCACACGACUGGCACUACAGCUCUGGUUCAUCAGAACUCAUUCUGAAUGUACUACUCAAAGGAGAGCAGCAGCUACCCCAGGAAUCAAGCUGCCCGUCCCACCUCAGCCCUAACAGGAAAGCCAGUCCCUCUGGGAUCUGUUCCCUGUCCCACAGGAGCAACCAUGACUGCCUCAAGAGGUUCUACCAAGCCAAAUCCACACCUAGGAGAUCACAUUUCUUCCUAACUUGGUCUUCAGACCCUGCAAUCCAGGUCUUUCCCCUCACAGAUGGGAGGUUAGAGUAGGAACCGCUGCUAUUCUCAACGCAAGGGGAUCGCUGGUAUCUUCCUCGAGCACCUUCACAAAUGAAAUAAACCAAAACCACUGUCUGAAUGUGUUUCUCUGGUUUGGCUAGAAAACAACACCCUCGUCUUCAUCUCUUCCAAGUGCACAAGGAAAUGUAGGAAUGAAGUACUGAAAUUAUUAUUCCAGGAAAAGGAUGAAGAAGGCUUUUUUUGUGCCCCUGGGGAAUUAAGUAUAUCCUUGUCAAUGAAAUGUGGUGAAACAUGGGGAUGGAAGGAAUCUUUUUAAAUUAAAUUUCCACUCCAGUUAGGGCUUUGGGUUCUUUUUGUUUUUAAAUUGUUUUUGAGAGGAACAUUCAGGUGCAGAGCCAGGUUUCUUGUGGAAUACCUCAAAAUGGCUGUGGAUACCAAUUUACAGUUUUCUGUGCUUGACUAGUGUAAUUUCUGGUGUACAAAGCCUCGGGGGCCUAAAAAACGAGCUAAGGGAUUUUCAGAAUGCAAACAAACAUGCUAAAUAUGACAUCUUACCAAUGGUAAGGUGUGUGAUUGCCACCAGUCAUCAUUUCAUUUGUGGCAGCAGUGAAAGCUGCCUCUCCUGGCAAGGUUCAGGGGAAACAACCCAGUAACCAAGCGUUGGUCCAAAAGGCAAAAAAAAUAACACUUUGUUCAUCAAAAAAGGGAUGUGUUUAUCAUUUCAAAGUAGAUUUCAUCUCUCACCCCAUAAGCAUUAACCUCGUGAUGGAAUCAGAUGUGUAUUUCAACCUGGAUAUGCUCUUAGUAGAAACCUUUGUGUGUGAUAAAGUAGGUGAAUGUUGAAGCCACAUUUCCCCUCCCCUCCCCUAACUUUCAGUAUGACUUAGCAUUAGAAUAAGGGAAGAAAAAAGAACUGGUUGGUUUACUGCAAACUGUUCUAUGUUUUUUCUGUGAAGAAUGUACAACAACAGGGCUUUGAAUGGUGAUAAUAGCACAUGUCCCAGUCCUUCUAUUUUAGCUCCAAACGAGAGCAACUCGGUGCCCUGAGAAUGGGCGAGGAACAGCUCCUGGGGGAACCAGGAUGGGUUUUCCUAGAACUUCUGUUUCAGUUUGUUAUCCUCCGUUUUCUUUUUAAAUGUUCAAUGAUUUUUAUCAUUUGCAAGUGGAAUGUUACCCGGGAUGUUUUCGUUUUUCCCAAUUGCUCUGUUAGGAGAUGUGAGCUUGGAAAAGGAAAUUCAUUAUGAGCAGAACUCACCAAUAAAAACGUCACUUGUUUGGGUAGUUUUUA